AUUCCAGACUCGAAUAACUGGCGGCAGAGGAUGGAGCGACUGAAGAAGUAAAGGGUUAAUUCUAAAUUCUUGCUUGAAAUUACGUGAUUAUCGCUUUUGAUGAUACAGAAUGAACAUCAAACAUCUGAAGAACAUUCUGCCGCCUCAGGAUGGUGCAGCUAAAAUCACAGCAUUGGCUUGGUCACCUAACAAUGUGAAGUUGGCUGUAUCAACUGCAGAGAGGGUUGUUCUGCUGUUUGAUGAGAAUGGGGAAAGGAGGGACAAAUUCUCUACUAAACCUGCAGAUUCCAAGUAUGGUAAGAAAAGCUACCUGGUUAAGGCCAUAGCUUUCUCUCCAGACAGUACCAAGAUAGCUGUUGGUCAGACUGAUAAUAUUAUCUAUGUCUAUCGGAUUGGAGAAGAAUGCUCCAGGCAGAUCUGGAUAGCUCAGCAAAUUCUCGCCAUCCACUCCUCUGCUCCGUUUCCCAACAAGAUAACGUUGAUCGCCCCCAGUCCACCGUCGUCGCCCUGA